AUGCUGAGUAGCUCGGGCCCCCUCCUCCGCCCGCAGCGCCGGGCCUGGCCGGAGCGCCCGGCCGGCGGCCGCCCACGGCGGGAGCAGCCCGUGGAGUCCGAGGAGCAGUGCCGGAGGGUCGCCCCAUUGGCGGCGAUCGCGUCCCCGGCCGAGGCGGGAGAGGAGCCGCUCCUCAAGGGCAUUUUCGAAAUAAGCAAGAGGAGCUGCGACGUGGUGCUGAGCGCCCGGCGGCUCCGCUGGAGCCCUAUCCUGCCCGAGAGCCCCACAGGUGAUUCCAGUGUGAUUUUACAGGCUCAAGAGGAGAUUAUUGAAAUGAAAGAUGUAUUUUCAGUAAAACUGAAACGUCGUCGUUUUGUAGGGCAGACAAAAGGUGGUACUUUGUUGGGUAUCACAAUUUUUAAAUGCUUGAAUAAAGAAGAAAAUAAACUAACAGACUGUGCUAUCCAUUUCAAUAACUUAAGUGAAGAUCAUUGUCAUUCAUGGUUUAGACAGCUCAAGGAAAUUUUGAAUGGCUUUCGAAAUAGACCAAAGUCCUUAAAAGUGUUUAUAAAUCCAAGCAGCCACAAAAAAGAAGCCACUCAUGUUUAUUAUGAACAAGUUGCACCUCUUUUUAAGCUUGCUGACAUCAAAACUGAUGUCACAGUAACUGAAUAUGAAGGACACGCUCUCUCAGUACUUAAAGAAUGUGAACUGCAGGCAUUUGAUGGGGUAGUUUGUGUCGGCGGAGAUGGAUCUGUCAGUGAAGUUGCUCAUGGUCUACUACUUAAAGCCCAGAUAGAUGCUGGAAAAGACACAGAUUAUAUACCAAUGCCAGUCAGAGCACCAGUUCCUCUUGGAGUUAUACCAGCGGGUACUACUAAUAUUUUGGCCCACACUCUCUAUGGUAUUAAGCAUGCAGUGACUGCAGCCUUGCACAUUGUAAUGGGACAUAUUCAGGCAGUAGAUGUCUGUACUUUCAGCACUCCCAGGAAGCUGCUGCGGUUUGGGUUCUCAGCUAUGUUUGGUUUUGGUGCGAGGACUCUCGCUUUGGCUGAGAAGCACCGUUGGAUGCCCUCCAGUCAGCGGAAGGAUUUUGCUUUUAUCAAAACACUGGCAGAUCUCAAGCCAGAGGAAUGUGAAUUGUCAUUUCUACCUCAACAAAUUCCCCAGGAAGACUCUCAUGAGAAUGGCAGAAAAAAGAAGGAGAAAACUAAAAAAAAAGGUAGCAAGGAUCAGUGGCACAAAAUUGAGGGUCACUUCCUGAAUGUGAGCAUUAUGGCAAUCCCUUGUCUGUGUUCAAUGGCACCAGGAGGCUUGGCACCUAAUACGAGGUUGAACAAUGGAAGCAUGGCACUUAUUGUUGUACGAAAUACUUCUCGAACGGAGUUUAUAAAACAUCUGAAAAGAUACACCAGCAUAAAAAAUCAGUUCAAUUUUCCCUUUGUUGAGACCUACACAGUUCAAGAAGUAAAAGUACAACCAAGGCUGAAAAGUGAGCGUGAUGCCGAAGAAAAUACAUAUUUGCAUGCUGCUUCUGCAGAAGGAAAUUACCCUUGGAAUAUAGAUGGAGACUUAAUGAAAGAAGCAUCACAAGUUCACAUUCGGGUGCAUCCUCAACUUAUUGAUCUCUAUGGAGUCAACACUGAUGACCUGGAGAGUUCCCAAGCAACAUGCAAUUGCAUAUAG